AUGCCUGGGAAAAGGGGCGCAUUCCUAAAUUAUACUGAAGCUGCAAUGCUUGCAGCAGUGAACGAUGUUCGUCUUCAUAAAACACCAAUACGAACGGCUGCAAAAAAGUUCGGUGUACCAAAAAUAACGCUUACAAAUAAAGUAAAAGGGAAGUCACCGAUGGAACGAAAAAUGGGUCCGAUAUCCAUCCUUACACCAGAAGAGGAGCAUAAAAUAUGCGACUGGGUGCAAAAAAAUGGCAAAAGCGGUUUUCCUGUGACAACCGAACAGUUAAUUGUGAGUGUAGAUAAAUACUUAAAGGAAAUAAAACGUCCAUGUGUCUUAUUCAAGCAUGGAAGACCAGGUAGAACAUGGGUAAAGGCCUUUAUUCGGAGAAAUCCAACAAUUUCCAAGAGGAUAUCACAAAAUUUGACAGCAUCGAGAGCCAAGGUAACAGGUGAUCACCUAUCAGAAUGGUACAAACGUGUGUAUAAGGAGUUGGAAGAUAGUGUCCAGGCCUAA